UCAUGCUGCUGCCCAGGUCCAGAGUCUCUCAUGGGUCCCUGUACGGCCUCCCAUUGCUGCUGUCUCCAUCGCCACACUCUGCCAUGUGCCACUUUCAGGUCUCCUCACACACUGCUGGUGUGUGUAAAUUUUUUGACAUAGGGUGCUGGCAGAUUACGGGCCUCCCAUAGCUGCUGCCAGGCCCCUAAUCUGCCAUGGGCCCUCGCCGCCUCCUCAUGCUGCUGCCAGGUCCAGAGUCUCUCAUGGGUCCCUGUACGGCCUCCCAUUGCUGCUGUCUCCAUCAUCGCCACACUCUGCCAUGUGCCACUUUCAGGUCUCCUCACACUGCUGGUGUGUGUAAGAAUUUUUUGAC